UGUUUUGGCUGAGCGAUGGAGGGUUUCUGGGGUGGGUGAGGGGUGUUGUGGGGUAAGUGGUUUUUGCUAAUUUUAGUUGGAUAAUUAGCUGGUUCAUUUUCCCGCUUUUCUUGCUUAUUUUCUGCUUGUAAUAAGUAUUUUUGUGACUUAAAUUACAAGUGUACUUUAAUACCGGAUUUUAUAUUGGUCCACGAAACUUGCUAACUUGAGGACAGCGAACUUGCGUCUUAAGAGCGCCUUUGCAGAUGGUGCUGGAGGACGUUCAGGGAAGGGAUUCACUCUCCGUGGGACUCGAGAAGUCAGUGAUUGAUUGGCAGCCAAGAGCUUCAGAGGUUGGAGGCCUUUGAGGAUCACAUUGUAACACUCUCAGGGGACCAGUGAUGGGCGACCUAUAGUAAUCAGUAGAGUGGGGUUGCCAGUAGUAGCCUAUGGCAGCCAGUUGACUGGAGGCAUAGGGGGUUAAUGAUGGGGAUUUGUGAGGGUGACUGCGUUGCUUUCUAGGCAGUGAGUGUUGGGGUCCUUCAGGGAUUGGUGGGUGGGGCAGUGUUGGCCUCUUCUUGGGUCCCUUCGAUAUGGUAAGGAUCGGUAAUUGACAGUUGAGCAGAUCGACGAUGGUCUCCUAUUGGAGCAUUUCAUUUGGACCCCUAUGUUGGAGAUUAUUUGUCGUUUUAUGGAAACCAGAAAAUUGUACUCGCUGGGAAACAUUUCUUGGCUAUCAGGGCAGUAAUGAUUUCAGAAGCCUGGGCCAUGUCAGUGACUGGGAGGCAUUAUGGAACUUUCUGGCAGCCCUGUAGUCCACUCAUUGGGGAUUUCUGAAAAUCAGUGCUGUCAGUGAUUGCAUUCAGGUGCGGUGGGGGCAACUUAUUGUGGACAGGCAAGAAAUGGUAACUGGAGGCCCUGAUGCAUGUCUGCAAAUGUUCUGCAUCAAGGUGGGGAUUGGGACAGUGAUUUUAAGUUUUAGCUCUAGUCAGAGCUGUGUGGUGUGUUAUGGAUGGGGACUGUGUGGUGUGUUAUGGAUGGGGACUGAAAAGUCCAGAAGCUCAGAAUAGGUACACCAGACAAAGCCACCUCCCAGCCUGAGCUCUAUGAAGGCAACAGGAAGAGGAAAUGGUGUUUCCGGAAGCUGGCCAUGUAAGGGUGCAUGAGAUAGUGGGGACAGUGUACAGUUUAGAACAAGGCAGAUGUGGGCUGAUUCCGUUUUUCCAUUUACAGACUGAGUAAUCUUCAGGCAAAUUAUGUAACAGCCUUAUUAUCCUCAUCCCCAAAAUGGGUGUAAUAAUGCCCAUGAUAUUUAGCUGACAAUUAAAUUGACAAAUUUCUUUUUUUUAUUCAUAUUUACCACUUGCCAGGCAGGCACUGAGGACUUGACAAGCUUCAUCUUGCUUGAGUUUCCCAACACCUGUGAUAAAUACUUGCAUUUUCAUUUUGGAAACUAUAACUAAAGUAAUAUUUUCACAUUCUCUCAGUGAAAAGUUGGCAAAGCUGCAAUGAAUUCAUCAUUUAGUCCAGACUCAGUCUUUAUUUUUAACCCUGACUAAUAACUAGAGUUGGGCUUUCUGAACUUUGCCUACUCCAGGGUCUGACACAGUGACUUCACCUCAGUGCCCUCAGGAAAUAUUUGUGGAGUGAAUGUUGAAUGAGUGACCAUGUACUCAUUGCUUUUCUGAGGCUUCUGCAGAAUCCCCGGGUCAGGCCACCUCAUUGAGGCUGCAGAAUCUCUCUUCAUAGCCCAGCACGCCUCUCCGCAGUGUCCCUGGUUGGAGAAUCCAAACACCUAUCCAGCUUCUGGCUCCUGGGAAAAGUGGAGUUGUCAGCAAGAGAGACCGAGAGUAGAAGUCCAGAGCGGCGAUGCCUGCUGACGUGAAUUUAUCCCAGAAGCCUCAGGUCCUGGGUCCAGAGGAGCAGGAUGGAUCUUGCGAGGCAUCACUGUCGUUUGAGGACGUGACCGUGGACUUCAGCAGGGAGGAGUGGCAGCAACUGGACCCUGCCCAGAGACGCCUGUACCAGGACGUGACGUUGGAGCUCUAUAGCCACCUCUUCUCAGUGGGGUAUCACAUUCCCAACCCAGACGUCAUCUUCAGAAUGCUAAAAGAAAAGGAGCCAUGUGUGGAGGAGGCUGAACUCUCACAUCAGAGGUGUCAAGAAGGGGAGUUCGGGCUUGAAAUCCCACAAAAGGAGAUUUCUAAGAAAGCUUCAUUUCAAAAGGAUAUGGUAGGUGAGUUCACAAGAAAUGGUUCAUGGUGUUCCAUUUUAGAAGAACUGAGGCUGGAUACAGACCGUACAAAGAAAGAUAAGCAAAAUCAAAUUCAGCCCAUGAGUCACAGUGCUUUCUUCAACAAGCAAACAUUGAACACAGAAAGCAAUUGUGAAUAUAAGGACCCUGGGAAAAUGAUUCACACGAGGCCCCACCUUGCUUCUUCACAGGAACAACCUCAGAAAUGUUGCUUAUUUACAAAAAGUUUGAAGCUGAACCUAGAAGUGAGUGGUCAGAAUGAAAACAAUGACACAAAACAGCUUGAUGACGUUGUUGGGUCUGGUCAGCUAUUCAGCCGUAGCUCUUCCCACGCUUGCAGCAAGAAUAUCCACACAGGAGAGACAUUUUGCAAAGGUAAUCAGUGUAGAAAAGUCUGUGGCCAUAAACAGUCAGUCACGCAACAUCAAAUUCAUACUCAGAAGAAACCAGAUGGAUGUUCUGAAUGUGGGAGGGACUUCACCCCAAAAUCACACCUCUUUGCCCAACAGAGAAUUCAUAGUGUAGGAAACCUCCAUGAGUGUGGCAGAUGUGGAAAAGCCUUCACGCCACAACUAAAACUCAGUGUAUAUCUGACAGAUCAUACAGGUGAUAUACCCUAUAUAUGCAAGGAAUGUGGGAAGGUCUUUAUUCAGAGAUCAGAAUUGGUUACACACCAGAAAACACACACUAGAAAGAAGCCCUAUGAAUGCCAUGACUGUGGAAAAGCCUUUUUCCAGAUGUUAUCUCUCUUCAGACAUCAGAGAACUCACAGUAGAGAAAAACUCUAUGAAUGCAGUGAAUGUGGCAAAGGCUUCUCCCAAAACUCAACCCUCAUUAUACAUCAGAAAAUUCAUACUGGUGAGAGACAGUAUGCAUGCAGCGAAUGUGGGAAAGCCUUUACCCAGAAGUCAACACUCAGCUUGCACCAGAGAAUCCACUCAGGGCAGAAGUCCUAUGUGUGUAUCGAAUGCGGGCAGGCCUUCAUCCAGAAGGCACACCUGAUUGUCCAUCAAAGAAGCCACACGGGAGAAAAACCUUAUCAGUGCCACAACUGUGGGAAAUCCUUCAUUUCCAAGUCACAGCUUGAUAUACAUCAUCGAAUUCAUACAGGGGAGAAACCUUAUGAAUGCAGUGACUGUGGAAAAACCUUCACCCAAAAGUCACACCUGAAUAUACACCAGAAAAUUCACACUGGAGAAAGACACCAUGUAUGUGGUGAAUGUGGGAAAGCCUUCAACCAGAAGUCAAUACUCAGCAUGCAUCAGAGAAUCCACACUGGAGAGAAGCCUUACAAAUGCAGUGAAUGUGGGAAAGCCUUCACUUCGAAGUCUCAAUUCAAAGAGCAUCAGCGAAUUCACACGGGUGAGAAACCCUAUGUGUGCACUGAAUGUGGGAAGGCCUUCAACGGCAGGUCGAAUUUCCAUAAACAUCAGGUAACACACACUAGAGAGAGGCCUUUUGUCUGUUCCAAAUGUGGGAAGGCUUUUGUCCAGAAAUCAGAGUUGAUUACCCAUCAAAGAACUCACAUGGGAGAGAAACCUUAUGAAUGCCUCGACUGUGGGAAAUCGUUCAGUAAGAAACCACAACUCAAGGUGCAUCAGCGAAUUCACACGGGAGAAAGACCUUAUGUGUGUUCUGAAUGUGGAAAGGCCUUCAACAACAGGUCAAACUUCAAUAAACACCAAACAACUCAUACCAGAGACAAAUCUUACAAAUGCAGUUAUUCUGUGAAAGGCUUUACCAAGCAAUGAAAUCCUAGUGCAUCAGCAUAUUCAUAAAUGAAAUAUACUCCCUGAGUUUCUUGAAGAAGAGAAAAUCUCAGAAUCAGGUCUAAUUGUAUGUUAUUGAAUUCAUGCUUCAAUAAACUCUAGGGAUGCACUGCAUGAAGGGGGCCGGCCCCUCCACACCUGUGGGCAUUUCUCAUCAGAUGGGACGAGAGACUGAGAAAAGAAAUAAGACACAGAGACAAAGU